GUUUUGUGAAGUAUUUUUGUAAGAAGUUAAACCCUCAGCCUCAUUUCACCGUCCUCAUCCUUCCCCUCUCACCUUCUCCACCAUAACCACCGUCAACCACCACUUCCCGAAGCCGUCCCUGUCUCCUCCGUUCAGUCUUGGAUUUUCCUACAAACCAACGAACUAAUUGAAGUGGGCUAUAAAUAAUAAUAGUAAUAAUAGCUUGGGUGAAUGAAAUUCGGGGAGAAGGAAAAAGAAACCCGGACGAAGGAGACGACCGCCCGAAGAUAAACCGAACUGAGUCUCACUCAAUCCCUCCGCCAAAGACUUGCCGGACCAGAACCCUGAAUGAAUCAAUUUGCAGCAAAAUUUAAACAAUGUUCGAAAUUGAAUGACUUGGAGUCUCUUUAUGCUUUCAUGAUCAAAAACAAUAAAACACAAGAUUCCUUCUUGGUAAACCAGUUUAUCUGCGCGUGUUCAAGUCUUCGCUGUACAGAAUUGGCUGCUGCCAUCUUUCACGAGUUGAAAGAUCCCAAUAUUUACAUUUACAAUGCCAUAAUAGGUUCCCUCCUCCGGUUUUCCCAUCCAGUUAAAGCCUUAAGAAUGUAUAUGGACAUGUUGAAAACCGAAGUAAGACCAACUAGUUUCACAUUUUCAUCGGUCACAAAGAGCUGCACUGUUCUAUCCGAUUUAAACUCUGGCAAUUGCAUUCACGGACAGAUUUGGAAGUACGGAUUUGAAUCUCACCUCCAUGUUCAGACGGCUCUUAUUGACUUCUACUCAAAUUCAGGUAGGAUUGGUGAAGCUAGGCGAGUCUUUGACACAAUUGGGGAAAGAGAUGGUUUUGCUUGGACGACAAUGGUUUCAUCUUAUGUUCGUGCUGGGGAUAUGAGUUCUGCGACAAAAUUGUUUGACGAGAUACCCGAGCCAAGUACUGCAUCAUGGAAUGCUAUAAUUAAUGGAUUUGCAAGAAUUGGGAAUGUUGAGUCUGCAAAAAUGUUUUUUGAUAAAAUGCCCUUGAAGGAUUUAAUUUCAUGGACAACAAUGAUAAAUUGCUACUCUCAAAACAGAUGCUACAAAGAAGCAUUAGAGAGUUUCAAUAAAAUGAAAGAUGAGGGGAUUAAACCCGAUGAAAUCACCAUGUCAACGAUCAUUUCUGCUUGUGCGCAUCUUGGCUGGUUGAACAUUGGGAAGGAUAUACAUAUUUAUCUUAUGCAUGCAAAAUUCGAUCUUGAUGUUUACAUCGGGUCAGCGUUGGUUGAUAUGUAUGCGAAGUGUGGCGACAUGGAGAGAUCUCUUGUUGUAUUUUAUAAACUGAGAGAGAAAAACCUUUUCUGCUGGAACUCGGUGAUUGAAGGGUUUGCGGCUCAUGGUCAUGCUAAGGAAGCUUUAGCAAUGUUUCACAUGAUGAUGAAAGAAAAACUAAAGCCAAAUGGCGUUACCUUCAUUAGUGUUCUCUCUGCAUGUAACCAUGCUGGGCUAGUUGAAGAUGGAAGAAGCAUAUUUACUCGAAUGACUCGUGAGUUUUCUAUUGUGCCUGAAAUGAAACAUUAUGGCUGCAUGGUUGAUCUGUUAUGUAAGGCAGGUUUGCUUGAAGAAGCCUUGGAAUUGGUAGGAAGCAUGAGAACGGAACCAAGCUUGGUUAUUUGGGGAUCCUUGCUUACCGGUUGCAAGCUUCACAAGAAUUUGGAGAUUGCUCAAUUGGUUGUCGAUAAAUUGACAGUAUUGGAGCCAAACAAUAGUGGAUACCGGAAUCUUUUGUUGAAUAUGUACGCUGAAGCAAAUCAAUGGGGUGAAGUUGCUAAAAUAAGGGCUAAUAUGAAGAAUCUUGGUGUGGAGAAACAAUGUCCUGGGUCGAGUUGGAUUGAAUUGGACAAGAAGAUCUUCCAGUUUGCUGCGUCUGAAGAUUGUCUUCCAGCUUCCAAAGAGAUUUACUGGCUAUUGGAUGUUCUUGCUGCACAACUUAAGUUUACUUACACACCUGAAUUUAACUUAAUUUGCUGACAAGGGAAUAUAGGCCAAAUCUAUACAAUCAUUUAGGAAGGUUUAGACUUUAGACAAUUAGAGUUUUUAGGCAUUGGUCUGACCCUUACCACUUUCGAAAAAUAUUAGAAGACACUGUAAUAACCUAGGUGCUUUAAAAAACAUCAGCAUAAAAAGCAACUAAACCUUGAACCUUUUGACAUUAAUGGGAUUACUUGCAGCAAAGAGAUUCUGCAGGAGUU